GCUAGCACCCUUUUGAAGAAGCAACAACAACAAAAGAAAGAAAUGGAGGGCCAAGAAUAUCUCAAAAAGUCUAAGGUUAUCAAAAUAGACUCAAAAAAAUCAUGGGAACAUUACAUCUCUUAUGCUACCAAUCAAAGUUACCCCCUCUGGUCGAUAGGUUUUGUCAAAAUCACGAUACCAGUGGUUGUGGUUCAUUUCUCUGCUUUUUGGUGUGUUCCCUCUAUACAAAUGAAUCCUUUCUUUCAAGAAUUGGCCUCCAACUAUCAAGAUGUUCUCUUUCUCACAUUGGAUGUGGAUGAGGUUAAGGAAAUUGCAUCCAAGAUGGAAAUUAAAGCUAUACCUACCUUUCUAUUUUUGAAUGGUGGAACUCUUGUGGACAAAAUUGUGGGUGCAAAUCCUGAUGAAAUAAGGAAAAGGGUAGAUCAUUUUAUUCAAUCAACUCCUUCCUAAAGAUCUAUUAUGGAAACAAUGAAAUGAACAAGUAGUUUACUAAAGUUGUAACUAUAGUCUAGAACUAUAGUUUUGGACCUACUGGUUGUUGUGUGUGUUUGAGAAUGAUAUUUUAGUGUGUAUUUAUUUUGAUUUCUUUGUCAUCAAGUAUUUCACAUUUAAUACUCCCUAUCUUUUAUAACUUUAUAAAAAAAAAAUAGGGAACUAUAUCAUGUUUUUAUUUGAUGGGUUAUAAUUAUUAUGUAUGAUGUUCCUUAGAGAAAAAACUAUUGUGCACUGUAUCAUGUUAGUGUAUAUAGAUUGAGAGAUGAAUUUAAUUUGUUUGUACUAUUGAUGUAAAUUUGUCUGUAUGUGCAUUUCUUUGUGUAAAUAUUUGUGAAGAUGGUAUAAAAACUAAAUAAUCAAGUGAUAUAUCAUGGUGUCAUUUGAUUAUAUAUGAAGUUUUUUUUGA